AUGAAGCUCGAAAAGAUCGGCCUAAUUUGUGUCCUCGUUGCGGUGGUGGCGUUCACGGGACCGCGUGGAGUCGCCGGUUCGUGUUUGAUGAUCAACACGAGAACUCCGAAGGUGUAUUUGUACCAUUGUUUUAUGUCGAAUAAUUAUUUGGCCGAUAUCGAGAGUGCACCGAUCGACAUUCCACGUGUUAAAUUCGACACCGCUCAAAUACAAGUGAUACGCAACAGAUCGUUCGCUCGAUUGAGCAGCGGUCUCGAGAGUCUUCAAAUUACCUAUUCCGAAAUUGGAACAAUUGAGAACAGCGCUUUCGAGGGUCUUCUAAAGCUAAAAAUACUGGAGAUUACGCACUGCAAUUUACAGACAUUGAAAGGUGCUUGGUUCAAAGGACUUCCGAGUCUGAAGAUAGUUUCCUUCGGCAACAAUGACAUAAAGCGUAUAGAAAACAGCUUUUUUUCCAUCGUACCGUCACUCGACGUCUUCGACAUAUCGUGGAACGACUUGAACUGCAUUCACACAGGAUCGCUCACGCCUUUCAGGACGAAGAAAUUCUUCUUCCGUUUAAAUUCACUAACCUGGGAAUGCAUGUACGCUCUCAUGGACUGGGUGGAAAAAAAGGGGAUCGAACAAUCCGAUUUUGGGAAGGGCGACUUCGACCCUUCUUCCGAAGUAUUGAUGGAAUGCGAAGAUGAAUUGCGACAAAGUUAUGACCAGCUAAACGGCGAAAACAUGAAAAGGUGCGCCAUUAAUACUCUGAACAGUCUCAUACCACCGCAAGGAGAACACACGGUCAGCCAAAUUUACCAAUUUAUGAAGGAGAGGCCCUCUCCACUCAUGGCCCCUUUCCAUUAAAGUAAAAAAUUAGCUUUGCACAACAGAAAAACAUAAUCUAGUUUCAUCAAGCUACGUUUUUCGUCGCGCUUAUUAACACUUCCGUAUUAUUCUUUUACAUUAUUCUUUUAACCGUUUCAUAUGAAAAUUAACACGAGGACAAAAAGUACACGAUAAUUCUUCUCAAACAGUUUAAACCAUGCGUGAGCGACGCCAAUUCUGAUAAUUAGACGAGUGCGCUAUGCCUGCUGUAUAGUAUUCGCGGUAUAAGAUUCCGCUCAUGGGUCGAGAUAAUUUAGUACGCGUCCGUCUAAGAAUCAGCAUGAAGCUUGAAAUUGUUUGCCUGAUUCCUGCGCUCUGCGUGAUGGUGGGGUUGGUACAGGUGACCAGCGGUUCGUGUAUCGUUAGAAAUGUGACGUUACAAGAGCCAAGAUAUAUGUACCAGUGCUUCAGAUCGGACAACGAUUACAACAAUGAUUUGGGAAGAGCGCCGGUCGACGUUGCCAUGCUGACUUUUACUCGAUCCAACAUACCGGUGAUAAGAAACAGGUCCUUCGAUCGUCUGAGAAAAUCUUUGGAGGUGAUUUGGUACCACCGUUGCGGCGUUGAGGAGAUAGAGGAAGAUGCUUUUAGGGGUCUGACGAAACUUAUGACGUUAGCUUUUAUCGACAAUAAAUUACACGUGAUAAAAAGCGCCUGGUUCGAAGGACUUUCAAGCUUGAGGGAAGUAAUAUUUCGGAACAACAAAAUUAGGCAUGUGCAGGAGAAUUUUUUUUCCGGUUUUCCGCCAUUGGAGAAAUUGGAUAUUUCUGGGAAUCAGCUCACCUGUCUACCGACGUUCUCAGUCGGUAAUUUCAAAACCCAAGAGUUCAAUUUCGGGCAUAAUCACCUCACUUUGAUGUGCCAUGUCCUGGUCAUGGACUGGCUCAAGGAUACGACCAUAACGGGAGACUUUCUUGAACCCGGAGGCGUCGAUCCCACGUACGAGCUUGCGAGUAUUUGUGCAUCGAAUGCCCCAAGAUUUCAACUCAACGAAGAGUUUCUUAAGAAGUGCGUCGACGAAACGAAACAGGCCUUUCUACCUAGCAGAAAAAAUUAUACGGUCAAACAAGUCUGCGAAUUUCUUAAGGCGAGACCUUCGCACUUUUUAAAUUACGGCUUCAAUUACGCGGGGGUAGAGGAGAACAAGGCAAUUGAGGUAGAUUCUAGGUAUAAAAUUCAGUUCACGAUUCUUGCCAAUUCAGUGUGCGUCCGCCCGAAGUUCAGUAUGAAGCUCCAAGGCGCGGGGGUGAUUUGUGUUUUUAUUCUGUUUGGGUCCAGCGGAUCGCAAGUAAGCGGUUCUUGCGUGGUCAGCAACACCGAGAGUCAAAAUGUUUACUGGUACCGUUGUUACGCUACGAAUAAUUAUUCGAUGGACAUCGAAGCAGCACCGGUUGAUGUAUCACGUGUGACCUUAAGUAAAUCAAGGAUACCGGUGCUACGCGAUAGAUCGUUUUCUCGUUUGAGCAGCGCUCUAGAAAAACUUGAAAUAUCAUUUUCCAACAUCGGAAAAAUUGAGGACAACGCUUUCGAGGGUCUUUCGAAAUUGAACACAUUGGAGAUCAAAAGCUGCAAUCUGGAGAUGGUGAAAAGUGCCUGGGUAAGAGGACUGACCAACUUGGAGACCGUGUCCUUCGUGGAUAACAAGAUCAGAAGCGUAGAACCAAAUUUUUUUUCGAUCCUGCCACCCCUCAAAGUAUUCGAUAUUGCCUUGAAUGAAUUGACUUGUCUCUCACCGAAAAUGCUCGGAAAUUUCAAGACCGAGAAAUUCUUCUUCCAAUUGAAUCCGCUCACUUGGGAAUGCAUGUAUGGGUUGGUGAAAUGGGUGAGAGAAAAUGACGUCCAAGAAUCCGAUUUUGAGAAAGGUAAUUUCGACCCAUCCGCGGAAGUCUUGUUGGUCUGCGAAGAGAAACUUUUGCAACAUCACGAACAGCUUAAUGGUGAGAAUAUGAAAAAAUGCAUGGAAACAACAUUGAACGGUCUUUUGCCCGAUAAAAAAUAUUACACAAUGGAAUAUUUUUGUGGAUUCCUCAAGAAACAUCCAUCCCCGUUUAUUAGCAUUCGCGGUAUAAAAUUCCGCUCACAAUUCUACAGACUCCAGUAUCACGUCCGCCUCAAAACUAGGAUGAAGCUUCAAAGUGCAGUUGGCCUAAUUGUUAUUUUCUACGUUGCGGAACUCGCUGGGAGGGCCAGUGGUCUGUGUUUUAUCACAAAUGGGUCAAUUACGCCUGAAGAAUACUGGUUUCAGUGCUUCAGAUCCAAUGACUAUCUGACGGAUCUUCGAAAAGCUCCGUUCGACGUGCCGGUUCUCUAUUUUACUCAAUCAAAGAUACCGGUUUUACGAGACAAAUCUUUCGAUCGUUUCAAGGCGAACUUGAGAAUAAUCGCGUUCCUAUUUUGCGGUAUUGAGGAUAUAGAAGACAACGCAUUUCAGGGAUUGAGAAAAUUGGAACGGCUUGGUUUGAUGGGAAACAAAUUGCAGGUCAUUAAAAGCUCAUGGUUCGAGGGAUUGACGAAUUUGAAGGCGGCCUUGUUCAUGGGUAACAAAAUCAAACACGUGGACGACACAUUCUUUUCAGCUUUACCACCAAAUUUAGAAAUUUUGGAUAUUUCCGGCAACCGACUGACCAACCUACCCACGAAAUCGUUCGAAAAUUCAAAGUUGAAGCGGUUUAGCUUCGCUCGUAACCCUUUCACUCUGAUGUCCUAUGUGGCGACAAUGGAGCAGCUGAAGAAUACCCCGUCAAUACGCGGGGACUUCGUUGAACUUGACGGCGACGACCCAUCUUAUCGCUUCGCGGUUACCUGCGCAUCAAAAAUACCGAAAAUUCAACUGAAUGAAGAGUUUCUUAGGAGUUGCGUCGAGGAACAAGAACGUGGAUUUCUACUCGACGAAAAGAAUUAUACAGUCAAGCAACUUUGUCGAUCACUCAAAGGCAGGCCGUCAUCCCCAUUUUUAAAAUGUGAGGCCAAUAUUUACAAUUACACCGAUAUACGACGUGUUCAAGGUAGCUGGUAUAAAACUCCUCCGAUGUAUUUUGAGAGCUCAGUCAACGUAGACCUCGACAGAAUCAGUAUGAAGUUUCAAAGUUUGAUAGCAGCCAUUGUGGUCACUGCGAUAGAGCUUGCCGGGCAGACGAGCGGUUCGUGUUUACUGAGAAAUGGCGGAUCCAGAAAUACGUUUUGGUACCAGUGCUUCAGGGUAGAAGAGAAUGAGUUAUUGACAGAGUUGAAAAAAGCACCGAUCGAUGUUGAUCAGUUGUCAUUUUCUAUCUCAAACACGCCGAUCAUCCCAGGUGGAGCUUUUCAUCGGUUAGGAAAAAAUUUGAAAACGCUGCAAUUUUUCUACUGUGGUGUUCGAGAAAUCGAAAACAACGCGUUCAAGGGUCUCAACAAUUUGGAAAUCUUGGCUUUUGUGGGAAACAAGAUAGAGGUGAUAAGAGCUGCGUGGUUCGUGGGACUUUCGAGUUUGAAGAAAAUUUCGUUUGGACACAACAUCGUCAAACAAAUAGAGGAUAACGUCUUUUCAAAUUUACCACCCUUGGAUGUGAUGGAUAUUUCUUACAACCGAUUGGCCUGCAUUCCGAUCGACUCGAUCGGAAAUUUUAGAACGAGGCAACUCGACAUCGAACACAAUCCUUUCACCUGGACUUGUGAUGUGUUACUGAUGAAAUGGUUGAGGAACACGAAUAUCAGCGGGGACUUCCGCGAUCUUCGGAAUUUGGACGAAUCCUACGAACUGGCAACAAUUUGUGCGUCCAAGCUGCCGAAAGACCGACUGAACGAAAGGCUACUCAGCGAAUGCGUUGCGGACGAGGUUCGCAACUAUCUGCCAAAUAAAGAAAAUUAUACGGUUAAACAGGUUUGCGAGUUCAUAAGAGGCAAACAUUCCCCAUUCUUGAAUUGCACCGAAUUAGUCGGGACACUUCCCGAUAAAUUUGCAUGCGCGAUAUUCGGAGCUUUAGUAUAUUGUCGACAUCACAAAAUGAACGGGUCGAUCAUGAGUUACGUUGUUCCGUUGGCAAUUUUCGUCGCGGCGAGCCUUCCGGGAUUAAUGGUUGAGGGUGCAUUUUGCGUUUUCCAAAGCAAUGCUACGGACAGACAGUUCAAGAGCUACAAGUGCUACCAAGUUUCCAAUUACACGAAAGAGCUUGAAUCGAUGGAGGCCGAUACACAAGCGAUAUCAUUCGGUUAUUCGAGAAUUCCAGUUCUCAAAAACCGAUCAUUCGACAAAUUUGCAGAAAGUUUACAAGCGCUGAUCAUCUCUGACGCUGAGACCACGGAAAUCGAAGACGACGCAUUCCAAGGACUUCGUAACCUCAGUACUUUAAUCCUGUUCGGUAAUCGUUUGGAAGUCAUAAAAGGAGUGUGGUUCAAUAAUCUUCCGGGACUUCACACUGUCGCGUUAACCAACAACCACAUCAAAACGAUAGAGGGUAGCGUUUUCACGACACUCCCGUCUCCGCUUCUCAUAUCCCUCGCCACCAACGAAUUGAACUGUCUUCCAAGGGAGGAAUUCCGAACAAAAUAUGCCGACAUUACGGAUUUGGCCUUACAGGAGAACCCGUGGGAUCCUGAAUGUCUGACCUGGAUCCAGUCUUUCGUAUCAGAAGAAGCCCUAGCUGAACGAUUUCUCGUGAGCGGAAAAAAUGUGAGAACUGAGCCACCUGCUUUUGAGGAAACAAUUCAUUCAGAGGAAGAGCUGUGUGCAUUUUUAGAGACCCAUCCUGAUCUGUAUUAUGACUGUGGUCGCAAUAAUUGAGUAUUUAGAGAUAUAUUAACAACUUGUAACUAUCUAUUAUAGACUUGUUACAUGUAUCCACUGCUGAAAUAACUCAUUGCCAGUAUCAGAGAUCUAUUGUAUUUAUACAUAUUAUUGUAUUUAUUGUAUGCAUAUAUCUUCACGUUGCUGUGCCAGUUAAUGGAAUUGGAAUAUUGGAUGAGCUGAGAUUUUAUUCUGAGCCAAAACGCAAAUGUAGCAAUACUUUGUUUUUUUAGAUAGACGUAGAGGGUAUCGAGAUCAAAUCGAAUAACCGCGAUACUUUUCUGCUUACAAAAUAAAGUUCAUUUAUCAUUGUUGUUUAA